AUGGGGGACGACCGAGACGAACUGGAAAUGCCUCUGAUGCCGCGGCGAGACGACGGUGGCGACAGUGACCGGCGGGCUUCCGUGGUGGUGACGAUGGUGCCCAGGGACGGGUCAGCGUACGGCGCGGCGUCCAGUCUGCGGCUGGUCAAGCAGCCGUCGCGGCCACCGUCGUCGUGUUCGUCGGCCGAUGGCCGGACAUCGACCGACCGGAAGAAGAGCUCGGCCAACGGCGGGUUAGCCAUCAAGUCGCCGUCCAAGUCGGCCCAUUCUUCCGUGUCCGGCAAGACUUCGGCUCAGGUGUUAUCUCUGGGCGCGGAUAUACUGCCCGAGUACAAGCUCCAGUCUCCCAAAAUCCACAAGUGGACGAUACUGCACUACAGCCCGUUCAAGGCGGUGUGGGAUUGGAUCAUCCUGUUGCUGGUAAUCUACACCGCCAUCUUCACGCCGUAUUUCGCGGCUUUCUUGCUGAACGAACCGCACUUCAAAGGUCCACGGCCGCUGAGGUUCAGCUUCGAAGACCCGCUGGUGGUGGUCGAUUUUUUCGUGGAUAUUACGUUCAUAAUAGACAUCGCCAUUAACUUCCGUACCACUUACGUGAAUAAGAACGACGAGGUGGUAUCGGCGCCCAGCAAGAUUGCGUUGAAUUAUUUCCGCGGAUGGUUCCUGAUCGAUUUAGUUGCCGCCAUACCUUUCGACCUCUUGAUCGCUGGGUCUUCGGCCGAGACGGACGAGUUGACUCAGGAAACACAGAAGCCCGAAGAGACCACAACCCUCAUCGGUCUCCUGAAGACCGCCAGGCUGCUGAGGCUGGUCCGGGUGGCGCGGAAGAUCGACAGGUAUUCGGAAUAUGGUGCGGCGGUCUUGCUCCUGCUGAUGGCCACUUUCGCGCUGAUCGCCCACUGGCUGGCGUGCAUAUGGUACGCGAUCGGCAACGCGGAGCGGCGUCAUGUGGACAGCAAAGUGGGCUGGUUGGACAUAUUGGCCAACGACACGCACCAGUUUUACUCGCACAACAACACGGGUGGGCCGAGCAUAAGGUCGAGAUACAUCACAGCGCUAUACUUCACGUUUAGCUCGUUAACUUCCGUGGGGUUCGGAAACGUAGCGCCCAAUACCGACGCGGAGAAAGCCUUCACCAUAUGCGUGAUGCUCGUCGGAUCACUUAUGUAUGCAAGUAUAUUCGGUAACGUAUCCGCAAUUAUUCAAAGGUUAUACUCUGGGACAGCCAGGUAUCAUACCCAAAUGCUCAGAGUCCGAGAAUUUAUUAGAUUUCAUCAAAUACCAAACCCGUUAAGACAGAGGCUCGAAGAAUAUUUUCAACAUGCUUGGACAUAUACUAACGGUAUCGACAUGAAUAGUGUACUCAAGGGUUUCCCCGAAUGUUUGCAAGCCGAUAUUUGUCUCCAUCUUAACAGAAAUUUGUUAAAAAAUUGUUCAGCUUUCAACGGUGCAUCACCGGGAUGUUUGAGAGCACUAUCUCUGAAAUUCCGGACGACACAUGCGCCGCCCGGUGAUACUUUAGUGCAUCAAGGAGACGUGCUCACCUCUUUGUAUUUUAUAUCACGUGGUUCCAUUGAAAUACUGAAAGACAAUGUAGUAAUGGCCAUAUUAAGUAAAAACGAUAUAUUUGGGGAAAAUCCAUGCAAGCAUGCCACGAUUGGAAAAUCAUGUUGCAACGUACGAGCAUUGACCUACUGUGAUCUUCACAAGAUCGAUAGAAACGAUUUGCUCGAGGUAUUAGAUUUGUAUCCAGAAUUUUAUCAUUCAUUUAAAGAAAAUCUUGAGAUAACAUACUACAUGCGAGAUGAAACACAAGUAGGCGUGGAUCCUAGAGCUGGCAGGUUUAGUGGAAAAAUCAGGUCAAGAUCUAGUUCACAAGAACCAAUUGGAGGCACGGCCAAUGUUGGUGCGACAAAAAAAUAUUACCACAGCUUUCAUCGAGGGGUAUCUGAAAGUUGUAUUGGACCGUCAGAGCCACUAAGAGAUGAUACGAAUGAGAACGAUAACGUUAUGUCUGAGUUCAAUAACAAUGAAAAGUACGCAGACGGUCAUGGAAUUUUAGAAUUUUCUACCGAUAAAGCUGGCCAAGAUGUAACGCCGAUGAAUUUAAAAUUUGAUGACGAAGCAAUACAAAAUCGAGGAUCGACCUUAAAUUCAAUCUCCGGCAUGUUCAGCCAACUCAAACGUAGUGUGACCGACAUUCGCUUGCAUGGCCUAUCGCAAAAACCACAUGGCAGGGACGAGGAAAAUGGGAAACCUGGAAACUCUGGUGGUUUAAGGACAUCGACAUCUCACAAACACUUGUUCGCAUCUCAGUGUAACGAGAAUCAACCACUUCUUGAUCACCAGUUACCUAUUUCAGAGUCUUCUGUGUUGCAUCAACAUCACAAAGAAAACUGUAGCGAGCACACCAGUGUACAAAACAUGUCGGCAGCUGGUUUCAGUACGACUGCAUCGUCACAUUAUGGGACCCCAACAGCCCAGAGCCCCUUACAUUCCGCUUGUAAAGCACAAACCCCACCAUUUCCCACCACAUCUAUGUCUGUGAUGGCUGAUAAUACGACUGUGAUAACGCCUCCAUCGCCGCAACGUGUCAUAACAUGUUCGCAGUGUGGGCACUCCGAUGUGCAUUAUCGUAUAGACCGACUAACCAAGCAGCUUGAUAACUUGGAACUGUCCGUCUCUAGUGAUAUCAAAACGAUAUUGCAUAUACUCAAGCACAAGAACGGUGAAUUGUUGGCAACAGAAUCUCGGCCAGAUGGAUGUAGAUUACGGCCGUCGCCUAUAAAGAAGACAUCGAGCAUACCAACAAGCGAUCACUUGCCUAGACCCACGUUGGCCGUAAAAUUUAGAAGCUCAUCACAAGAUGAAAUGAAAAGCGAUAGCCGGUGUCGACAGCAAGCGUCUCCAAUACGGCAAUCGUCUGAUCCUCAAGCCACCAUUCCAAGGCGGAGUUAUUCCCAGCCUCACGAUCUCUGUCAGACCCAACAGAGUCGUUUUAUAAGGGAUACGCCAUCGGCUAACCUAUUCGAUGUAUCCAACGUGACGACUGUAGCAGACGCCACACCACCGGUGGCCAGUCUGAAACGACAGCAGUUCGCCAGCUUGCGGUGCAAUACUAGUUGUUCCAGCGAUGAAGGCAACGUAAUAGAGUUCACGCCACUGGCGCCACUGGCCAGGCUAGACUCGUUACACGAAAUGGAUACAUCAGAGACGCAGAGUCGUACGAGCAGUACGACGGCCAGUCCAACGCACCAACAGCAACAAGGAACCGGUUUCUAG